UUGGGCUUUAAUUUAAUAUGAAAAACAGAUAAUGCUUCAUAAUAAAAAGUGAUCUCGAAACCUUUCAUUUCUUGGCAAAUAUCCUAAAGUUGGCAAAGGUGAUACAUUGAUAGACAGGAUGCAACAGAAGGUUAUAUUUCUAUGUUUGUAUGUGAGUUAUCUACUGAGUGUCUAUGUAAGACGCUCAGUGACCUUUGCUUUGCCAGAUAUAGCCACUGCAGAAUCCCUGGACAAAAACCAGUUAGGUCUAAUACUGAGUGGUCAAACUUUGGCAUAUGCUCUAAGUAAAUUUACGAGUGGAAUAAUGAUGGAUUUUGUAAGUCCACGUUUGGCCAUGUCUGUUGGUCUGAUCUUGUCUGGAAUCUCAGCAAUUUUGUUUGCAAGUGCCCAUGGAUCAUUGAUGAUGUUUACAAUAUUUUGGAUCAUGAAUGGUUUAUUCCAAGGUCCAGGUUGGCCAGCAGCUGCUGUUAUCAUGCGUAAGUGGUUUAAAGAUGAGCAAUAUGGUACAGCUUGGAGUGUGUUAUCUACGUCCAUGAAUGUUGCCGGAACUUUAGGACCUCUCAUUGCAGCAUUUAUAAUCACCUAUUCUAGUUGGAGAUACAGUUUACUGCUUCCAGGCGUGUUAGCAAUGGUGUUUGGUUUCAUACAGUAUGUGAUAGUGAGAGACAAACCCGGUGAUUACACUGGUGAUAAAACUAAGAAAAAGACAACAGGAAAUAAAAAUUCAGAGAAGGUGUUAUCUAGAAGAGAGCUGCUCAAAUUACCAGGUUAUCUUGGAGUGUGUAUCACUUAUGGUGUGAUUUCACUAAUACAAUAUGGUACCCUGCAGUGGGCACCAGUAUAUCUGGUCAAUGAACUAGGACAUUCUAUUAUUACUGGUAACAGUUUCACAAGUAGUUUAGAGGUCGGAGGUAUAUGUGGAUCAUUGCUAGCUGGAUAUUACUCUGAUUAUCUCCUCACUCAGAUGAAAGAAGAGCCAUGUCAGAAUGUACGUCAGUAUGUUAUAGCGUGGUUUGCUAGUGGUCUGGUUGUAUUCCUGUAUAUGCUCACAUAUUGUGUCUCUACAUACUCUACUCUGAUGUGGAUAGAUAUGAUAGGAUUUGGUUUAGGUAUGACCAUAUAUGGUCCUAUAUCUAUAUAUGGAGUAACUGCUAUAGAAUGUGCCCCCAGUGAGAUGGCAGGGACAUCACAUGCAUUUGCUAGUCUUCUUGCUACAGUGGGACAAUCAGUGGCUGGACUACCUUUAAGUUAUUUUGCCAAGUACUGGGGCUGGAGAAAAAUGUUUAUUACAGAAAUGUUACUGGUGUUAAUGAUGGCUGGAUAUCUAUUUGUCCAAACAAAGAGUUGCCAUGGGAAACGAGAAAACGUCUCCAAGCCCAAAGCUGAUUGAUGUUUGACCUUGUUCAAAACAGUUUUUUGAACAUAUUUAUUUAUUUUAUAAGAGAUACAUAUCGUCACUUUAGUGCAAUAACUGAUUAACUCUUAUUAAAUUUAGAAGGACUUAAUCUGUUAUUGCACACAUGUGACGAUAACUUUUGAAAUUAAUAUUUUCAUACUAGUCUAAUACUUGCUGACAAUACACUUUAAAUACCCAAAUAGUGUUCAUUUUAUUGUAUUCAUUUUGAUUCUGAUAUGGUGAUGUAAAGGACAAUGCAAGUCCACCAUUGCUAAUGUAGGAGAGUAACAACUGUAUCCCAUAUUUUUGUGUUAAAUAUGCAAAAUUUGAAAAUACAUAAUUCAAACUUUAAAUUUUUAUUUAUAUUUUGUGUAAACGUCUAUUUAUGUGCAACCUUUAACAUGACAUUUUUAUGUAUUUUACUUAAUGAAG